AUGACGCAGUACAGCCCGCUCACCCAGGUGGCCCUCCUUAAAUGGGCCAACACGUUCGGUACUCGGCGCAAGGCCGAGACACUGCAGGACCUCCGCGACGGCAUCAUCUUCGGCCAGAUCCUCGAGCAGAUGCUUGCCCCCGAGUUCCAUUCGUCUAGCCUCAUUCUCAACCCACAGUCAGAGGACGAUAACCGCCAGAACCUUGAGACCGUUUAUCGCGGCCUGGCCACCUUCCUUCGCACCGACAACCCCCUGCUCGCCCCGUCGCCCUCCGAAUUCCGUGCCAUCGCCGAAAACCCAACCGACAAUGCGCUCUGCGACUUUCUCUCGGCUUUCCUGACGGCUGCUUGCAUGGGCUCCCUUGCUCAGGUCUACGUCCCCAACAUCCUCACGCUCGACGGCCAAACCCAGGCCGAAAUUGCCAAGAUCAUCAGCCAGAAGACCGAACUAAAGACGGACAGGGAGACGGCAGAGGAUGAGCCACAGGGACAUGAUGUGGAUGCUGGCAUCGACAUCCAUGCCGUCAGGGACCCGGAGCUCAUGGCCGAGGAAUUGGAGCAGAUGAAGGGCAAGGUUGAGAUUCUCAAGAAGCAAAAUGCCGACUUGCAGUCUCGCUUGGACAAGCUACUCGACACGCGCGAAGCCAUGCUGCAGGAUUUAAGGCUCGCCCAAGAUGAGCUCACGACCCUCAAGCGAGCCAGGGGCUCCGAUGCGUCGUCUGCCAUCAGGGACCUGCGAAACGAGAUCCGUGAGAAGAUGGCCGAGAUCGAUCGGCUUGAGGACCUAUUGGAAAAGGAAACCGCGCGCUCCACAAGAUUUGAGAAGGAGAACGAGACGCUGCGUGCCAAGGCUGAUAGGCUAAAAGAUCUCGAAGAUAAGGUUACGGUCCUGGAGCACGAGACCCGACAGCAGCAGCAGAUGAUCAAGGGGUUGGAGAAUUACAAGAAGAAGGCUCAAGACUUGACUGUCAUACAACAGCGGAACCGCGCCUUAGACGAGCAGAUCCUGCAGCUCGAGCAGGAGCUUCGAAAGUUCGACGAGGUGAAGGCGCAUAAUCUGAGACUGCAGAAGGAGAUUGAGGAGAAGGUCAAGGUCUUGAGCAACAAUGAGCAGGAGAUCAUUUACACUCUUCAAUCAAAGAAUGUCUUGCAGGAGACCAACGAGGAGCUUAAGCGGAGAGUCGAGUAUCUCGAGUCAAGACGCCAGCUGGACGAGAGCACCAUCAGGGAGCUUCAGGAGCAACUGCAGCUAGGCGACAUUCCCCAGCCCGGCUCCGAGAGCCCGGGCGCCAGUACUGCCAAAUUCAACCUCGAACAGGAGCUUGAGACCACUGCUGACCCGACAGUUACCUUGCGCCUGGAACUCCAGCGCCUCAAAGCCGAGAAUGGACUCCUCCGCAAUAACAUGACGGUAGCCUCCGAGAACGAGAGACUGCGCAGUGAGCUCGAGAGCGCCAACCAAAAGGUCGAGCACUACCGCCUCAACUGCACCGAGGCAAUGGAGAAGCACGCCGUGGCUCAAGAGCAGAUCAACGCUCUGAUCAACAACGCGACGGGCGAAGGGGACGCCGCCUUUGUCAACAUGCGCCGGGACCUGCUCGCCGCAACGCGCGACCUCGAGAAGGUCCGCUGGCGGGUACAGGAGCUGGAGCGCGAGGCUUCAGACCGCGAGCGCGAGCUGCUGCGCCUUAGGACGGACCUCGACGCCAUCGGCCAGGAGCAGACGCAUGCGCUGACCGCGCUCAAGUCGUCCGACGAGCUCAUCUCGAAAUCGCUGCGCACCGAGCUCGAGGCCACGCGUCGCCAGCUCGCGCAGAAGGUGUUUGAGCUCGACGAGAUGAAGGAGCAGCUCAUGGGCGCGCUCGUGUCCAAGGAUAAGGUCCAGAAGAGGCUGGAGGAUGCGCUAGCCUCCUCUGCUUCUGCUCCUCUGUCUGCUGCUGCUGGUGACCAGCAACCGCCGCAAGAGGAGCAGGCCAGGGGCAAGAAGGAGGAUGCCGAGAAGAUCGAGAAACUGAAAGCUGCACUGAGGCAGAAAAUUGAGCAAUUGGAGAAGUCGGAGCAGGAGAAAUUUGACCUACAACGACGGCUUAAGCUUGCUGAGAAUGGUGGCGCCUAUGCGACUCAGAAGGCCGCUACGGAGCAAAUCAUCAAGAAUCUCCAGCGCGAAAACGCCAUGAUCACGACGGCUUGGUACGACCUCACCAGCCGCCUGCAGAGUAACCAUGUCGUGCUGCAGAGGCGCCACGACGCGCCUCGGAGCUGGCUGAACAAGCAGAGGCAGAUGGUGAACGGUGAGUCCCAGCCCUUCUCCUAG